AUGAAAUCAAAGACGACCGCCGGGCAGAGAUCUGAGUAUGACCAGCGGAUGGACCGCUCCAGGGAUCCCGGUGUGGGACUGGCAUUUGCGGCGGAGAAUGCCGAACGGGAGCCGCAGAAUAGAUUCCGCUUGGAGAAAAAGAACCUUGUUGCAUUGAGGGAGAGACAGGAACGCUUGAGGGACGAUGGCGAUCGUCAGCUCUUUCAGAUCCCACUUUGGCUGGAUAGCCUCCAGGAAUUGACACCGAACGGUGUACUCAUGCAUCACAAGCGCACGGGCAGCGGCACCUCGAUUGACUGCCCGGCAACGUUCCCGGGGAUGUAG